GGGAGCGGUGGCGGCGGCGGCGGCGGCGGCAUUGUGCGCGCACCAGCAGCCCGGCCCGGGAGGAGCAGGACGCGCCGGGGCCGCCUCCUCCCGCACGGACCCAUGAACCAGCCGGGCGGCGCGGCGGCUCCGCAGGCUGACGGAGCCAGUGCAGCUGGAAGAAAAAGCACUGCGAGCAGGGAGCGCUUGAAGCGCAGCCAGAAGAGCACCAAGGUGGAGGGCCCAGAGCCAGCGCCAGCCGAGGCCUCGCUCAGUGCCGAGCAGGGAACGAUGACAGAGGUGAAGGUGAAGACGGAGCUGCCGGACGACUACAUCCAGGAGGUGAUCUGGCAGGGCGAGGCCAAGGAGGAGAAGAAGGCGGUCGGCAAGGACGGGACCAGCGACGUGCCCGCCGAGAUCUGCGUGGUGAUCGGUGGUGUCCGCAACCAGCAGACCCUUGAUGGAAAAGCGCCCGAAGGCAGCCCCCACGGUGGAUCUGUGCGAAGCCGGUAUUCAGGGACCUGGAUUUUUGACCAAGCAUUGAGAUAUGCAUCUGGGUCUUACGAAUGUGGAAUCUGUGGCAAGAAGUACAAAUAUUACAACUGCUUCCAGACCCACGUGCGGGCACACCGAGACACCGAAGCCACCUCAGGGGAGGGAGCCUCCCAAAGCAACAAUUUCAGGUACACAUGUGACAUCUGCGGGAAGAAGUACAAAUACUACAGCUGUUUCCAGGAGCACCGAGACCUACAUGCAGUGGAUGUGUUUAGUGUGGAAGGGGCCCCCGAGAACCGGGCAGACCCCUUCGACCAAGGUGUCGUGGCCAGUGACGAGGUGAAGGAGGAGCCCCCGGAACCCUUCCAGAAAAUCGGGCCAAUGAACAAUAUUACAUCAGACAUUUUUAAGAAGAAAGAAGUUAGGCAGUGCCAAAAGAGAGAAACUGGCAAUUACACCUGUGAAUUCUGUGGGAAACAGUACAAGUACUAUACUCCCUACCAGGAGCAUGUGGCCUUACAUGCCCCCAUCAGUACUGCCCCCGGGUGGGAGCCGCCGGACGAUCCAGACACGGGCUCUGAGUGUUCACAUCCAGAGGUCUCCGCGUCUCCACGCUUCGUGGCAGCGAAGACCCAGACGAACCAGUCGGGGAAAAAAGCGCCGGCCUCCGUGGUCCGAUGUGCGACCCUCUUACAUCGCACCCCUCCAGCCACCCAAACCCAGACGUUCCGCACUCCAAAUUCGGGAUCUCCAGCGAGCAAGGCGACCGCAGCAGAAAGCGCUUUCAGUCGGAGAGUAGAAGGCAAAGCACAAAACCACUUUGAAGAGACGAACAGCAGUUCGCAGAACUCCAGCGAAACUGCAAGUCCCCUGAUUUCCAACCCUUUCCCUCUCCUACAGAAACCCUACACCUGCGGCGCCUGUGGGAUCCAGUUCCAGUUCUACAACAACCUGUUGGAGCACAUGCAAUCUCAUGCAGCUGACAAUGAAAACAACAUUGCCUCCAACCAGUCCCGGUCACCACCUGCUGUUGUAGAAGAGAAGUGGAAACCUCAGGCCCAGAGGAACAGCGCCAAUAACACCACCACCAGUGGUUUAACACCCAACAGCAUGAUCCCCGAGAAAGAGCGGCAGAACAUCGCAGAGCGGCUGUUGAGGGUCAUGUGUGCCGACCUCGGCGCACUCAGCGUGGUCAGCGGGAAGGAGUUCCUGAAGUUGGCCCAGACCUUAGUAGACAGUGGUGCCCGCUACGGGGCCUUCUCAGUCACUGAAAUCCUGGGCAACUUCAACACGCUGGCGCUGAAGCACCUGCCACGGAUGUACAACCAGGUGAAGGUGAAAGUGACCUGUGCCCUGGGUAGCAAUGCCUGCCUAGGCAUCGGUGUCACCUGCCACUCCCAGAGCGUCGGCCCCGACUCUUGCUACAUCCUCACUGCCUACCAGGCCGAGGGCAACCACAUCAAGAGCUACGUCCUGGGUGUGAAGGGUGCGGACAUUCGCGACAGCGGCGACCUCGUGCACCACUGGGUGCAGAACGUGCUGUCGGAGUUCGUGAUGUCGGAGAUCAGGACAGUGUACGUGACAGAUUGCCGAGUGAGCACGUCCGCCUUCUCCAAGGCCGGCAUGUGCCUUCGCUGCUCGGCCUGUGCCUUGAACUCGGUGGUGCAGAGCGUGCUGAGCAAGCGGACGCUGCAGGCCCGCAGCAUGCACGAGGUCAUCGAGCUUCUCAACGUGUGUGAGGACCUGGCGGGCUCCACAGGCCUGGCCAAGGAGACCUUCGGGUCGCUGGAGGAGACGUCGCCACCGCCCUGCUGGAACUCGGUGACGGACUCCCUGUUGCUGGUGCAUGAGCGCUACGAGCAGAUCUGCGAGUUCUACAGCCGGGCCAAGAAGAUGAACCUCAUCCAGAGCCUCAACAAGCACCUGCUCAGCAACCUGGCAGCCAUCCUGACGCCGGUGAAGCAGGCGGUCAUCGAGCUGAGCAACGAGAGCCAACCCACCCUGCAGCUGGUGCUGCCCACCUAUGUCAGGCUGGAGAAGCUGUUCACGGCCAAGGCCAAUGACGCGGGCACCGUCAGCAAGCUCUGCCACCUCUUCCUGGAGGCGCUCAAGGAGAACUUCAAGGUGCACCCAGCCCACAAGGUGGCCAUGAUCCUGGACCCGCAGCAGAAGCUGCGGCCCGUGCCGCCCUACCAGCACGAGGAGAUCAUCGGCAAGGUCUGCGAGCUCAUCAACGAGGUAAAGGAGUCCUGGGCUGAGGAGACCGACUUCGAGCCCACCGCCAAGAAGCCCCGCUCUGCCGUGGGCGAGAACCCCGCAGCUCAGGAAGACGAUCGGCUGGGCAAAAAUGAAGUGUACGAUUACCUGCAGGAGCCCCUCUUCCAGGCUACCCCUGAUCUCUUCCAGUACUGGUCAUGCGUUACCCAAAAGCACACAAAACUCGCCAAGCUCGCCUUCUGGCUCCUGGCGGUUCCGGCCGUGGGUGCCAGAAGCGGGUGUGUAAAUAUGUGUGAACAAGCGCUUCUAAUCAAACGGAGGCGGCUGCUCAGUCCGGAAGAUAUGAAUAAACUCAUGUUUCUGAAAUCCAACAUGCUUUAAGACUUGACUUCGGGGAAAAAAAAGAAGAUAACAUUAGAAAAAAACCACACAACACUGUCACAAACAAAAGGAAUUUAAGUUCUAAACACUGUGGACCUCAUUAUAAAUGCCCCCUGGAAACUUAAGUGCUUUUUUCCAUAUGCGUGUGUGUGUGUCUGCGUGUGUGUACACAGCCACACGUGUGUGCAUGUGUUUGAAUACAUGUGCUGUGGUUGUGAGGGUGUAGGGGGUCUCUGUGCUCCUCUGCGGGGCCAGAGAAACUUUGCACACACACACACACACACACACACACCACCCUGGUGCAUGUACACACGCCUGUUCUUGGACGGGUGUGCAUUGAACUGGGCGUGUCAGGAAAGCUGAGCAAUUGGGAAAGAGGGAGAUGCUUCACCUCCUUUUCUCAGUAUGGGGGCUUUAGAAGACUCCGUUUUCAGGUGUGCAGAUUGGUAGAAAGCUGAUGUUGUGAAAUGUUCAGGCAGCUGAGAUCUGAAGUGACUUGAUGCUCUCUGUCCUUCACCCCGGUCCCCCUUUUCCCUCCUUAACCCUCCCCUGGCCCUCCCACCCUCCUGAUCCCAUUGUGCACCCCCCCCCCAUCCCCUCGGCUGCUCUGCUGUGGACUCUCCCUGCUGCAUCAGAUGGACGGUUUCUGCACUGGACUUUGUUUCUCGUUCACCUUCAGGGCAUUGAGCUGCUGCCUUCGUGAUACCCCUUGGGUGUCCCGGGGCAGCCGCCUUAGAAACACACCUAUCUAUCUCCCCAAAUCAGGAAAGGAGACUUUAAGAGUAUAAAGCUGGCAUUUUGCUUUUUAAUAUAAGAGAGGAGAAAAAGACAUUUUUCAGAGAAGUAUAGAUACUGUCUCCAUUCCCUAAUAAUUUCUCUCCCUAACAUUUUAGCAGUUUUUGCCUUGUUUGGGGGUUGAUUUUGUUUCUUCAAAUUUGAUUUAGACUCUGCUAGGAGGCACUGAAUGUCUAUAACUUAUGUUUUGGAGUUUGGUUUUUCUGCUUACCCCUUUCCUUCCUCGAGUCACACUGUAAACUAGCUCAUCUCAGUGGUA